AUGUACGGCAUUACCUGGAAAAACAAGGACCUCACGGUCUUUCUGGUCGACAUUCCGGAAUCGAUUGCCGCCGCGCAGGUUCUGAAACUUCAGCGUGUUACUUCAUAUCCAAUUUCGAUGAAGCCACAGAUCAAGCCCUAUGACAACCAACCAGUGGCCAAGACCGAAAAGGCCAGGAAGAAUAUGGAGAAUCAAACAGACCCAAGGCUGAAGUUGGUCUUCGACGAGAUUCGACCCUACGUUGUGGACGCUCUCAGCCAAAUCAAGACCGCUCUGGACACCAAGCUCUGGUGCGAGGACCGCUACUACACUACGAAAUCAUUCUAUAAGCAACGCAUGGAGCAGCAGGAGCAUGACCCCAAUGGUGAGAAAGGCCAUACGGUACGCGAUUCUGCACACGAUUCUGACACAGAUGCUACUGAUCGAGUCACAACGCUCAAGAUCCCAUGGCAAUUGUUGGGGUUGCUGGUGCAAGGAUACCCUCACACCCGGACCGCGGAGAGCCAAGAUCUUCAUGAUGAGAAGCCGUCAUUCCCCGAAAACUUCAGCCGCUUCUUCUACAAUCCCAACGAUAACAUGCUGACACUCUCAUACGUGCCCGAUAAUGCUGCUGCUGAUCAGAUGAGGGCCAUGGGCCGGACGAUGGCGUACGGAGAGGAAAGGCCACAGUAUGAUAAGAAUCAGCAUUUCUACAUCCCACCGGAUGCUAGCUUCAUCCUUGGAGACUGCACGCGGGGCAAGGACCUCGACAAUGCGGUGCAGUACAUGCAUGCAAAAUACGAACACCCGAAGCAAUUCGACUUCAUCGUCAUGGACCCGCCGUGGCCCAACUCCUCUGCGCAGGAUUCUUCUUACUACCAAGUGUUUCAAAGGAUCUGGCACAUGGACAACAUGUUCAAUAGGAUGGACCUCGAUAUGCGGAUUGCUCCUGGAGGAUUUAUCGGAGUGUGGGUCACCAACAACCAGAAAGUCCGCGACUAUGUCCUCGGUCCCGACGGCCUCUUUGCCAGAUGGGGUGUUGCUUUUGUCGAGGAGUGGAUCUGGAUCAAGACGACAGUAGAUGGAACGCCAGUGAUAGACUUGGACAGCACCUGGCGCAAGCCAUGGGAAUGUUUCUUAAUUGGUCAGGCUCCGGACAAGCGCAACACCUACUGGCCGCCAGUUGGCAACUGGCACGUCAACAAGCGCGUGAUUGCCGCCGUACCGGACACUCACUCGAGGAAGCCGUGCCUGAAGCCGAUCAUUGAGAAGAUUUGGCGGAAGUCCGAAGGCCAGUACUCUGCUCUGGAGGUGUUCGGUAGGGUCUGUAUCUCAGGAUGGCUUGUUUGGGGAAACGAAGCCACAAAGCUCAACUAUUCAAGGUAUUGGGUGUCGGAGGGGGAGAACAUGGAAGGCGUGGAGAAGUGGUCCGCAGAGGAGCACUUGAACGCCUCAAGGGAGAACAAGAGCGAGGAGGAGAUGGCGGCUGUUGCAGGGAUGGCUGGCCAGAAACGGAAGUUCUCGUCCCUGCAUUAG